AUGGCAAAGACAAUCGUGAUCUUAGGGGCCAGCUAUGCUGGCAUCCCCAUCGCUCAUUACCUUCUCAAGCACACGACGGCCAAGGUCAAGGGCCUCAAGGUCAUCAUCGUCGCGCCCAACACGCAUAUGUACUGGAAUGUCGCCGCGGUGCGCGGCAUUCUUCCCGAUAUGAUGCCUGACGAAAAACUCUUCCUCCCCCUCGCGCCAGCCUUCUCCAAGUACCCGUCGGAUCAGUACGAGUUCGUACGAGGGGUCGCCGAAAACGUCGACGCGAGCAGAAACGUGGUCGAGGUGCGAGGGAACGAUGGCCAUACUAAGACGAUCCAGUACGACGAGCUAGUCAUCGCGACAGGGAGCAGCUUCAAAGCCGACAUGCCGUUCAAGAACCUCUCCUCGACCGAAAAGACGAAGGACACGCUGCAUGACUGGUCCCGGCGCAUCAAGUCUGCCAAAUCCAUCGUUGUGGCCGGAGCCGGCGCCACAGGCAUCGAAAUCGCCGGCGAACUGGGCCAGGAGUACGCAGUAACGGGCAAAAAGCAGGUCAUCCUCGUCUCCGACCAAGAGCUGCCACUCACCUCCAAGUUCACGCGCGCAGUGCGUGAGACAGCCAAGAAGGAACUCGAGCGGCUCAAGGUAAAAGUCAUCACCAACGCCAAAGCAGCCGCCUCCUCGACCUCCCCCAACACGAUCACCCUCACAAAACCGGACGGGACGACCACCAGCAUCACGGCUGACCUCGUCAUCCCCACGUACGGCAUCACACCCAACACCUCCUUCCUCCCGCCUGCGAUGCUCGACAGCCGGGGCUUCGUCAAGCAAACCGCGCGCCUCCGGGCCGAGGGCCACGACAACAUCUUCGUGGUCGGCGACGCGGGCAACCUGGAGGACGCCCAGGGCCUGCACACCGACGCGCAGGUCGUGCAUGUGGUCAAGUUCAUCGACGCGCGCCUGCUCGGCAGCGCCGAGGCCGAAGCCCAGGUGCCCGACUACAAGCCCGCCGACAAGGUCGUGUUGGCCGCCAGUCUGGGGAAGAACAGGGGGAUCGGCCAGGUGGGGAAGAUGAGGCUCUGGGGCUGGCUGAUUGCGUGGUUGAAGGGCAAGCACCUUGGCACGAACCACGCGGCGGCGUUUGUGAGAGGGGAGAGGACGCUUAGUGCGAAGGAGUGGUGA